ACCACACACAAGCCCUAAGCUAAAACCCCCUCUAUCCGUCUCUCUCCCCAAAACCUUAAACCCUUCUUCUCUCCUUCAUCGAUCUCUAACCUGCAAACACUUCAAAACUCACCAACAAUGGCGCCUAAGAGAACCGCCACCGCCGCCGCCACCACCACCAAGAAAAAGAGAGACAAACGCAGUCUAUCAGAGCUGAAAACCCUAGGCCAACAACUUCUCUCCUCAAGAGCUCACAUCAACAACCUGCCUCUUCUUCUCACAUACAUCUCCCCUUCUUCACCUCCUAAGUACGUCGUGGAAUCAAUUCUCUCUCUUCAAUCCUUCUUCUCACCUGUUCUCCCUUCCCUCCCCUCUUCCUCUAAAGCCGCCGCCACAAACACCGCCGAUGCCGAUGCCGAUCCCGAGCUCAUUUAUCGCACUUGGCUCCGCUCUAAGUUUGACGAACUCGUCAAGUUGUUGAUUGUUAUCGCCGUUUCUCCCCAGUGUGAAGAGACUGUUCGUGAGGUUGUUUUGGAUACUAUAAUGGAGUUUGUGAAGCUUGGAAAUGGAGGAAAGUUUUGUUCUGCUUUAUACAAAGACCUUAUUCGGGCAAUUGUUUAUUCGUCCUUGGAAGUUGAAUUCUUACUAGAAUCCUUAGUUUCAACGUACUUUAAGUACAUUGACGUACGUUACUUUACCUUCAUUACUGUUGAAAAACUAUGCAAAUCACUGGAGUCAGACAAUAGUUCAGGUGAUAAUGUUGUGAUUAAAGGUGGAGAUGAUUCAAAGGCAAGCUUAGAGUGCUCGAUAAAGAAGAUCCACUUCAUCUUAUCUAAUAUUCCUCCUCUAGGAAACGUUGAUGAGAAAGCUGCUAUUGAGAUGUGGAGUGCAGACUUCUUAUCUAAAGGAGGCAGUGGGCAGGAGGAUGCUGAGCAUACAGAAGGGGAAAAUAAACAGAAAAAAGGAGAGAAAUCCACGAAAAAUGAUGUUUCUUUGGGAAAAGUCUCAAAAAGAAUGAAACCGAAAUUUACAAAGGCAUGGAUGUCAUUUCUUAGGUUACCACUUCCUCUUGAAGUCUACAAGGAGGUGCUUAUUAUUCUGCAUCAGGGAGUCAUUCCUUAUUUGUCCAAUCCUGUCAUGUUAUGUGACUUUUUGACCAAGUCUUAUGACAUCGGUGGAGUAGUCAGUGUCAUGGCUCUAAGUGGUCUUUUCAUUCUUAUGACAAAGUAUGGGUUGGAAUACCCCAACUUCUAUGAGAAGCUAUAUGCUCUACUGAUACCUUCGAUAUUUAUGGCAAAACACCGUGCAAAAUUCUUUGAGCUACUCGAUUCCUGUUUGAAAUCGCCACUUCUUCCUGCAUAUCUGGCUGCUGCUUUCACAAAGAAGUUGAGCAGACUCUCUCUUGCAGUCCCUCCUUCUGGGGCACUGGUUAUAAUAGCUCUAGUCCACAAUCUUCUGCGGAGACAUCCAUCUAUCAACUGUUUGGUUCACCGGGAAUCUGGUAAAGAAACUAAUCAGGAUGACAAAAAAUCUGAGCAACAGUGUGUUAGUUCUGACGGAAAUGCUGGUGUUGCCUCUGGUGUGAUUAGAAAAAAACAAGGUGUUGAUUUGUUCAAAAAUGAAGCAAGUGAUCCUCUAAUGUCGAACGCCAUGAGGAGUUCUCUUUGGGAGAUUGAUACACUGCGUCACCAUUACUGUCCGCCUGUUUCAAGAUUUGUUUUGUCACUUGAAAAUGAUUUGACUGUGAGAGCGAAAACUGCAGAAGUAAUGAUUGGUGACUUCAGUUCUGGUUCAUAUGCAACAAUAUUCAGGGAGGAGAUGCGAAGGAGGGUAAAGCAAGUCCCUCUUGCAUUCUAUAAAGCAACACCAUCGUCUUUGUUUUCGGAGUCUGAUUUCCCUGGCUGGACUUUCAACGAUGACGGAAGCUAUGAGGACGCGAAAGAGUUGUAGAAUCUAAUUCUGCUAUAGAGAAGUGUGUGAAGACCACAUAUUCUCAUAUAGUUUUACCUGUUUAUCAUAUCAACAGUCUUUUCUUUAUAUGUAUUCUUUGCCUUGAGAAUGAUCAAUUAUUUAGCUGAUAUGAAGUCAUAAAUUUGACUGGUUCUAGGAUUGCUGUUUGAUCAAUCAGGAUCAGGAGUGGGAUUAAGUAGGGGUACAAUGGGAAUUUAAUUUGGCUGUUGGAGUAAUUCUGGACAGUAAAUGACUGUUCACAACUGCCCAUUAUUUAUCCAGUACAAGCAAUUGAUCUUUCA